CACAGGGAAAGGGUGAGACCUUUCAAAGUCGCCAGGCCGGCAAGCUUCCAGCGACUGUCUGGGAGCCAGCAAACGGCAGUCACCCAGCCCAGCCCGGCAGGCGGCAGGCACUGGGCCUUGCGGCUCAACUUCAGCUCAGUUCAGUUGUCCUGUAAUGGAAAAUUGCUUUGCACAAAGCUAGAGUGUUAGAGUUCUUUCCAGUGCCUCUCCCCUGCCCCACCCGCCCCCGGCAGCCUUCUCAUCAGAGGCACAGCGCCUGCCCGCAGGAAAGUAGAAGGAGGGGAGUCGCGGCUUCUGACUAUGUCCUCUGCUUCAGGCCCAGGGCCCAGGUGGUUACUCUUUUCCUUUGGAAUGGGACUGGUGUCGGGGUCAAAGUGCCCAACUAACUGUCAGUGUCAAGCCCAAGAAGUGAACUGCACGGGAAUACAAUUAACUGAGUACCCCUCUGACAUUCCCCUGGGCACCCGGAGGCUGUACCUGCAUAUUAACAACAUCACCUUCUUGCCAGCGAUGAAUCUAGGACUCCUCAGUGACCUUGUUUACUUGGACUGUUCGUUUAACCUGAUUCAGGAGGUGAUGGACUAUACCUUCAUCGGGGUCUUCAAGCUCAUCUACCUUGAUCUCAGCUCCAACAAUAUAAACUCGAUCUCCCCAUUCAGUUUCUCCAUGCUCAACAACCUGGUGCAGCUAAACAUCUCCAACAAUCCUCAGCUGUUAUCUCUGAACAGGUAUACCUUUGCCAACACCAGCUCUUUGAGGUACCUGGACCUUAGAAAUACCGGCUUGCAGACCUUGGACCAUACAGCCUUCACCAACCUCUUAACACUACAGACCCUGUAUCUGAGUGGAAACCCCUGGAAAUGCAACUGCUCUUUCCUGGACUUCACCAUCUACUUAAUAGUGUCCCAUCUGAACCACCCAGAUGAAGAAUAUGCCACAUGCUUGGAGCCCACAGAGCUGGCAGGGUGGCCCAUCACACAGGUGGGGAACCCACUGCGCUACAUGUGCCUCACGCACCUGGACAGUCAAGACUACAUCUUCCUGCUGCUCAUCGGCUUCUGCAUCUUCUCGGCGGGCACUGUGGCCGCCUGGCUCACGGGCGUGUGUGCGGUGCUCUACCAGAGCACUCGCCGCAGGACGGAGGAGACAGAAGACGAGGACGAGCACGGGCAGAAGGUGCAGGUCACGAGGCGCAUUUUCCAAGGCAUGACUGGCUCAGUCCAGGACGGGUUUCCUCAGCUGAUUUAGUUACCCUGACCACUCUAAUGUACCUUUCCAGGUUCCCAGCCUUCUCCUUGCCCUCCCCAGCUCACUCACACAGAGCUGUCUUAGACAUGAAGCCUAUUAGUAAAAUAAAGUAAAUGUUU